AUGGAAAAAUUACGAUCAGAACUCAAUGAGAACAACGAUGAGCUCAAGAAAAGUCAUGAAACGGUAUGCUUCUUCACCAACUCGGGAUCCGAAGCGAACGAUCUCGCGCUGACCUUGGCCAGGGUUCAUACAGGACGAUUUGAUGUGCUUUCUAUGCGUAACGGAUAUCACGGAAUGACACAAGCCGUCAUUGGAGCGACAAAUAUCGGAACCUGGAAACAGCCGAUGCCGUCCGGUUUCGGUGUUUUGAAGGCGAUGGCAGCCGAUCCAUAUUCAGGACCAUGGGGAGGAAAGAAGUGCCGCGACUCGCCAAUUCAGACGAAGCGCGACUGCUCAUGCAAGGAUGGCGAGUGCAAAGCCACAGAUAAGUGC